AUGGAUUCAAGGAAUCCAUAUAGUCAGCGUUCAAGUUAUGUAGCCCUUCUUAACAGUCAACAAGAAAACUUUCGUUAUGGAAAUUUUCCUUCUACUGUGAACUUUGGAGCCUCAGAAAUCCCUCCUUUCAGUUCCCAACAAUCUGAGGCUCCAGCUCAACCUGAAGCCACACCAGUGGAGCGUCGGGAGAGAAGGAAAUGGACCCCAUCUGAUGACGAGGUUCUAAUCAGCGCCUGGCUAAACACAUCUAAGGAUGCUGUUGUAGGAAAUGAUCAAAAGACAGGGACCUUCUGGAAACGAGUAGGAGAAUACUUCCCAACAAGCCCGUAUGGUAGAGAGUUGUGUUUAAAGGGUGAGCAUCUCCAUUGUAAACAGAGGUGGCAGAAAAUCAAUGAUCUGACGAACAAGUUAUGUGCCGCAUACGCUGCUGCAGAGAGACAAAAUUGCAGCGUUCAGAAUGACAAUGACGUUUUAAAGGUGUCUCAUGACAUCUUCUACUCUGAUCACAACUUGAAGUUUAACGUUGAGCAUGCGUGGUGUGUGUUGAGGUAUGAGCAGAAAUGGAUAAACCUGAACACUCCUAAAGCUAGUGGCAGUUCAAAGAGAAAAUGUGGUGAGGGCGGUUCCCAAUCUUCAAGCACCACUGUUGGUGACCAUGAGAUCCGGCCUGAAGGUAUCAAGGCUGCAAAAGCAAGAAGGAAUAAUGCUCAAGGGAAGGCUCUUUCUGAUUAUAAGAGCAUGUGGGAGCUGAAGAUGGAAGAUUUGGCGAUGAAGGAGAAACUGUCAAAGCUGGCCAUAUUGGACACUCUCCUUGCUAAAAAGAAACCACUUAGUGAGACUGAAGAAGCUAGUUAUAGCUAUACACAACCUUCUGAGUCGGAGCAGUAUGGUUUAGGCUCAGCAGACAGUGGCUACAGCCAAACAGAAGCUGAUAUUCUGCUGUACCAAGCUGAGAUUAGCUACAAUAAUGCCCAGCGUCUUCAGUACCCUCCGCAACCUGAGGUUAAGUUUGGAUUCCCGAAGACAUGCUACUGUGGUGCUGACCCUCUUGUAGCAACAUCGUACACAAGAAAUGAUCCAGACAGAAGAUACUACACCUGUGAGAAUGCUGACGACGGAGAGUGCCAUGUUUGGAAAUGGUGGGAUGUGGCGGUUAUGGAGGAGAUGAGAGCGAUGCAAACACAGACCGGGCAGCUGGCUGAAAAGGUAGAUUUCCUAACCUUCUUGAGUGACUAUGAGACACAACUUACCCACUUUAAGGAACUCCAUAAUGACACUGAGCAGAAGCUGGUUAGACUUGAGCAGAUAGUGCGUGAUUUAGCUAAGAAGAAAUCAAGGUUUACGCAUGGCUUUGAAUUCGUUGUUGGUGUAGUGGUUAUUGUGUUUGUUCUAAUAGGUUUGGUCCUCAUUUUUAAGUAA